AUGCCCGGCGGUGCUGCCGCCGCGGCGGCCGCUCGCUGAGGCGCUCCCAUGGUGCCGGCGUCCGCCGGGGGCCUCGCGCCCGCCGAGCUGCCGAAACUUGGGGGAAGUUUCUGAGCGAGUUGCAACGUGGAUGGGAAUUGCUGGAGACAAUGAGUGGAUGGAGUGGAUACCUGAAGAGGGAGAUGGACAGGUGCUGGGAUGGCUGGAAAAGGCUGCGAUUUGCAGUUGAGCUGAGGGAGGCGUGAAGCAUCAUCCACCUGCUGCAGACAUCUGAGAACUAGAGGUAUGGAUCUUUGGCAUCUGCUGUUUGCUUUGGCACUGGUCUGUGCAAAUGACUCACUUUCUGCAAGUGAUGACAUUUUGCGGUGGCCACAAAUCAGCAAGUGUAGAUCACCUGAACUGGAAACGUUUUCCUGUUUUUGGACUGAUGGAGAUUUUUACAACCACACUGCUCCAGGAACAAUACAACUGUUGUACAUGAAGAGGAAUGAUGAAGACUGGAAAGAAUGCCCUGAUUAUGUCACUGCAGGAGAAAACAGCUGUUACUUCAACACGUCCUACACCUCCAUUUGGAUCCCAUAUUGUGUUAAGCUUGCCAAUAAAGAUGAAGUGUUUGAUGAAAAGUGUUUCAGCGUCGAUGAAAUAGUACUACCUGAUCCACCUGUCCACCUUAACUGGACUCUGCUAAAUACUAGUCAGACUGGGAUCCAUGGGGAUAUUCAAGUAAGAUGGGAUCCACCACCAACAGCAGAUGUUCAGAAGGGAUGGAUUACUCUGGAGUAUGAAUUGCAGUACAAAGAAGUGAAUGAGACAAAAUGGAAGGAGUUAGAGCCCAGGAUCUCAACAGUGGUUCCACUGUACUCUCUGAAGAUGGGAAGAGAUUAUGAGAUACGAGUCCGAUCAAGGCAACGCACCUCUGAAAAAUUUGGGGAGUUCAGUGAAAUCCUUUACGUGUCUUUCUCUCAGAUAGGCAUUGAAUUGGUUCCCUGUGAUGAAGAAAUUGAGUUUCCAUGGUUCUUGGUUGUUACCUUCGGAGCGUGUGGACUGGCUGUAACAGUGAUCUUAAUCCUGCUGUCUAAACAACCAAGGUUAAAAAUGCUGAUUUUUCCUCCUGUGCCAGUUCCAAAGAUUAAAGGGAUUGACCCAGAUCUCUUGAAGAAAGGAAAGCUAGAUGAAGUGAGCACCAUUUUAGCCAGCCACGACAGCUACAAGACACAGCUAUACAAUGACGACUUGUGGGUUGAGUUUAUUGAACUAGACAUAGAAGACCCCGAUGAAAAGAACAGAGUGUCAGAUACCAACAAGCUCCUGGGUGAAGACCAUCUGAAAUCACACAGUUGCUUGGGAGUGAAGGAUGAUGAUUCGGGACGGGCCAGUUGUUGUGAACCAGACAGUCCAGAGACAGACUUCAGUGCAAGCGACACAUGUGAUGCCAUCUCUGACAUCGAUCAGUUCAAAAAGGGAACUGAAAAAGAAGGGGAUCUCCUGUGCCUUGAUAGAAGAGAGAACGAUGAGUCACUUCCAAGCCUUGCCAACGCAAGCACCCAGCAGCCCUGUGCAAGUACUCGGUCCAGAAGCAGCCAGCUGUGGCCACCUUUCGCAGACAGCAUCAGCUCGGCGAGCCCAUCGAUCCGCACCCAGCUAAGCAACCAGAGUUCAUUGACAAACACGGACUUCUACGCCCAGGUGAGCGACAUUACUCCAGCUGGCCGUGUCGUGCUUUCGCCAGGGCAGAAAUCCAAGGUGGGGAGAGCACCGUUUGAAGGCUGCAGAGAGCAAAACUUCAUCAUGGACAACGCCUACUUCUGUGAGGCAGAUGUGAAAAGCUGUAUUGCUGUGACACCCCACAGAGAGGAUGAGCCACGCGUUCAGGAGCAAAGCUCUAUCGAGGAUGCCUACUUCACCACGGAGAGCCUUACCACUGCCGCUAUCAAUCUUGGAGCUUCGACAGCAGAAUCCCCAAGUUCGGAGAUGCCUGUCCCAGACUAUACAUCUAUCCAUAUCGUUCAGUCUCCACAAGGCCUUGUGCUCAAUGCAACCGCACUGCCUGUGCCAGACAAGGAAUUCAACGUGUCUUGUGGCUACGUGAGCACAGACCAGCUCAGCAAAGUCAUGCCGUAGCUCUUUUCUUAAUUAGAUGUACGCAGUAUUUCACAGCAGAGAGUCAGCUCAGGCUUGCGUGGCGAAGCCACAAUGAAGUCUAAAAGUUUCUCAUGGUUCUUGUAGGUUUAUCUGAGAUGUUGCAACAUAAAAACAUUCAUCGAAAUAUUCCUGUUGUGUUCUGUAAAUAUUACCUAUGAAUUUGUCUUGAGACUGUUUUACUGGCAGUGACUGUCUUGUUCUCGUGGGUGAUCUUUGUGAUACUAAACACUGAAAUUGCUAUGUGUAGUGUACAGUAGAUCAUGCAUUUUUGAUACAGCUAGGAACCGAGUGGUUAAAAGUUUCAAGAACUUAGCAAACACCAUGCUGUUGGCAGAGAUCUUUCUAUACCAAUGAUCUGGAAGUGGACACGCAGGUAAAAAGGAAUAGCUUGAAAUUUAAAAUUAUAUAUAUAUAUAUUAAAAAAAAAAUCUAUUUUGAUUUAUACAAAUUAAUAAAAUAUAUUUUAAUAUUCUAGUCACAGACACACACCAAAAAAAAAAAAAAAAAUCCCUGUAUAAAUGUUUUUCUAUAACACUAGAUGCUAAGGAAUGUAAUUGCUGCAACCUCAAAACAGAGUUGUCUGCUUUUAUAAGAGUCUUGGUCACAGCCAAAAAAGAAAAACCAAAAAGAAGGAACACUUUUUUUUUUUUUUUUUUUUUUUUAACAGAGCCAUUUUGUAUUUCCAAAGAAACGUAGAGAAAUUUUGAAGUGCUGUAGAACCUGACAAGUAACAGAAGUCUAUCACUUUCUUAUGGUAACCCAUCUAGAAAUUGCAAUUCAAGUUUUGUAGGGCACUUUAUAUACAAAAUAGUUGGGUGGAUUAUUCUGCUCUUCAUCAGAUGAUGGCUAAAUGCUAGUAAUAAGCAUUUUUAAGGGGAAGAUUCUGUUAACCACAGUGUGCUACUGUGCUCUCACUGAAAAUUCUUGAGAGUAUGUGAAUAAGCUCUAGUGAUAUAGCAGCAUAAUCUCUUCACGUUUGCUCGACUUCUGAAGCCCUCCUACAGCCAAAGACAUCACUGCGUUUAUUACUUUGCGCCACACAAAGUGUCGAUUGGAAAAAACCAAACUAAGGACUUCAGGAGUUAGCCAGCAGUGAAUUUCUAAAGAUGCAACAGGAUUCAAGGAUUGGUGAAACGUAGGGAACUGCAUACAGUGUUGGUCAAAAGUGUUUGUCGUUUUUGCAGCCUAAAGGCCGCUCCUCUGGCCACAUCAGGCAGAAAGGGAAGGAGAGAAAACUGAUAUUCAGUGGGAAAGCUUUUCUUUGUUCUCGACAGAGCUUUUAUUAUUGCUUCAGAAGUUGCCUUCCUAGCCCACGGCUUGGGGGGUUCUUCUUAGAAAGCAAAUGGGGAUGUUCAUUUCUUUUCUCUGACCUGAACAGAAGCGCGUGAAGUGCAGCGAACGUAGGCCUUGCUCGCAACGCCUCCCACCGGACUCACCGAUGCUCUCUUGGCGACCAAGGGCUACAGGACUGGGUGGGAUUCUUGAGUCCAGCGCCUACUUCAUGGUAAAUGUGCAUUAGGUAUUCUGCUAAUUUGCUGCUAUAUUUUUCUAACAGCUACAUUAUUUAGUUUCAUAUUAAAAAAAAAAUUCAUAGAUGGUAGACACUAAUGCAAGUAAUGCCUAUGUGUGUGUUUGGAAGAAGUUUCUUACUCUUGUUUCUAUUGCCAAAAAAUAGUUUAAAAUACCUCAAUCAAACUCAGAAUGUCAUUUUGGUACUUUACUGGUCACACAAGCCGUUCUACGCCGGUCAGAAGAUGUGUCUCUCAGUUUCUAUUUAACUUUCCUUAUGUCAGUGUUUUGUUUGUUUGUUUGUUUUUUCUCAAGGUUUAAUAAAUGUAUUGUCUUUGAUCUGUCCUGA